AUGGAGGACUGGCUGAACUCGUCUCUUCGCUCAAACGUCUCGUCCUCUGCAGACUUCAGCAGCGUCUUCACAGAGAAGGUCCUGCCCUCGCUCUAUCUGGCCCUGUGCAUUGUGGGAUUGCUCCUGAACACUGUGGCUUCGUGUGUGUUCUGCCGUGUGGCCUCUGACGCCGCCCUGGUGGUGUAUCUGAAGAACAUGCUCCUGGCCGACUUCCUGAUGCUCGUCUGCUUCCCCUUUAAACUCCUGGCCCAGCUCGGAGUGGGAGGCUGGAGACUACAUGUGCUCAUGUGCAGGUAUGUGGCGGUCUUGUUUUAUUCGUCCAUGUACACUGGAGUCAUGUUUAUGGGUCUCAUCAGUUUGGAACGAUACGUCAAGAUCGUCCGACACUCCCAACCCAGUAUUUUGGGGCGUGUCUCUGUGAUGCACUUCCUGCAGAGUCCUGGAGCCGCCUCCGUCGUUGCCAUGGGGACGUGGGGCUUGAUGCUUCUGAGCGCGCUCCCUAACAUCCUGCUAACGAGUCGUGAAGCUAACGAGGCUAACUCCAGACGGUGCAUGGAGCUGAAGACGGAGAUGGGCGUGCGCUGGCAUCAGGCGUCGACCCUCUUCUCGGUGGGCGUGUUCUGGCUGACCCUGGUUGUCAUGGCGACAUCAUACACCUCCAUAGCAGUUCACGUGUACCAUUCGUAUCGGCGCGUUCGUUCAAACUCUUCGAUCUACAGGAAAUCAGGCCGCAGCGUCCUGAGCCUCCUCCUCGUCUUCGCCCUGUGCUUCGUCCCGUACCACGUCUGCAGAGUGCCCUACACUUUAAGCCAGAUGCCCUGGUCCGGCUUCAGCCCGCACGCCAGGUUCGUGCUGUUCCAGAUGAAGGAGGCUACGCUAAUGCUAGCAGCGGCUAACGUGUGUCUGGACCCUCUGGUCUACUUCCUGAUGUGUCGCUCCUUUAGAGACGCCCUGCUCCAAACCCUGCUCUCCUCCUGCUCCUCGACCUCCCGCGAGCGACGCCGAUCUGUCAGCACGAGCCCCAGUCUGUCCAACGUACACACAAAGAGCAGCUUCGAUGCCACAAUAUUGAACAAUUAUUGA